UUUUUCUAUCUUCGCUAAUUUCAUUGCUUCUCAAUCUUUGUCUCGCGACAUGUCUGAGUUUAUCGACCAAGAUGAUCCCAAGAUGGAGGAAGAUUUGAAUCGUCAAGAAGAGUUGAAUUCAGAUUGUGAUGAUGGUGUCGCUCAAGUGAAAGACUCUGAAGAAUCUACUACGCCAACUGUCUCUGUUGUGUCUGCGUCUUGUUCCGCCAUUAAUGAAGCCACAAAGAAAACAAAUGUUUCUUCUUUAUCUUCAAGAAACGGUGAAAGUAGUGAAACCGGAGAGAUAAACACGAUAGCUGGAGAAAAUAACCGCAAUGAUGGUGAUGAUGGAUAUGAGACGUCCAAGAGCGAUGAAGAAACCAGUAGUCUUGUUACUCUGCCUCAGAAUCCACAUCGUUCUUACUCUGACACGUCUCCAUUGAUGAUUUCUCCGGGAGAUAAUGUUGGAUUCAGUAGUCUUAAUCCACAUCGUGAUGAUGUUUUCGCUCGAAAACCACAAGUGAAAGACUCUGCUUCUUGUUCCGCCAUUAAUGAAGCCACCAAGAAAACAGAAGCUUCUUCUUCAAGAAACCGUGAUAGUAGUGAAUCUGGCGAGAUAAGGAGGGUAGAUGAUAAAGAAGAGGAUCGCAAUGAUGGUGAUGAACCCAAGGAAUCUGGUAAUAAAGAAAGUGAUAUAUACAAGAAGAAAUUGCUUGCGCUCGAUAGCUGCGAUAGUUUUUUUGAGUUCUCAGUCCAUAACGAAGAAGCUGAAAACAGAGAAGUACAGAACCACGAGUUUCCUAGUUCACCAGCAUGGAACACAUAUCAGCAGCAUCAAAUGGCUAACCAGAUGCCCAAUCCAAUGCCAUGGUUAAUGCAUGGUCCGAUGAUGUACCCAUAUCAGCAUCCACAGAACUUCUAUCAGCAACAUCCAGUGGCUAACCAUAUUCCUGCAUCUGCACCGCAGAGACUUCAGAACACAUAUCCAGUGGUUUACCAGAUGCCAAUGGGGAUUCAGACGUUUAUUCCAUGGCAUGUACUUCAACAACUUUCAGGAAUGAGGCCAAUGCCGUAUCCAAGGGGUAAUCAGCAGAACUUCAAUCAACAACAUCCAAUGGCUCACCAUAUGCCAAUGCCGUAUUCAAUGGCUAAUCAGCAGAACUUCUAUUACCAACGUCCAGUGACCAAUCUAGUUCCAGCGCAAAGCACGAUGAUAAUGCCGGCUGAAUCACAUGUUCAUUGGUAUGAUACUGAACAAUGUUUAAACAGUUGGGGAAUGAGGCUAAUACAGGAUCCAGUGAUGUACCCAUAUCAGUAUCCACAUGCUAACCAUCUGAACCAGAGGAUGCCGCAAUUCAGAAGUGAUCAGUUGUCUACAACAAUAACACCAGAUGGACAGACAAGAUCAGUUGCUAUAGUUCAGGACCCUUUCAACCCGCAACAACGUGUUUAUUUGGUCUUAGAUGUAGUACCACAGGCUCAGGUGAAUCAUUUUCUGCAACCUCAGACUCAAACGCAACAACCAACGCAGUCUCAAGGUGGUGACGGUGGGGCGUCUUCUUCUGAACAAGGUGGAGAUCAACAGCAGCCUAAGUAAAACGAUUCUAGUUUUUCUUUUUAUCAAAACUCUCUCAGAUUGAUUUUGAUAUCAGUAAAUGAAUUAAAAGUUUUCUU